CCGGUGAUACGCAGGUAGAACCAAAGGCGCUUCCAUUCUCACUCAUUGCGUCCAAGACGGAGGACGCGCCCUGUGCCUUCUCUCUCUCUCUCCCCUCUCCUCUCUCUCCCCCUUCGUGUUUCUAUCUCCCACACCCUCGCUGACGUGACUGCCUGUCCACGCCUACAGAGGUUACAGACGGUUAAUCGGUCCACCAUGGCCGUCUCGCUUGCGCUCAACUGGUCACCGCCGCCGUCGUCGCCUCUUUUCGACGAGCCGCCGUCGCCGUCUGGCGGGAGUGGUAAUGCAACGACGGGUGUCACCUCGGUGCCGCUGAACGCAUCUGGCAACCUCGACGCACCACCGAGUGGAUCUUCGCCUCCGCAAUCAGCACCACUUGCAUCGACGUCGACGUCGAUGUCUUCGUCUACAUCUGCAGCGAAUCCCUCUUCGUCAUGGUCAGCAGCAACAGGUGCGGCAGCACAGCAGCCCCGAUCGUAUGCAGCAGCAGCAGGGGCGCUAGGUGACCCUCAACGAUCUUUCUCGCUUCCCCCCUCGGCCGUCUCGCAACCCUCGCCGUCGCACCAGCAGUAUCCCAUUCCACCAAUGCCAAGCUACCCUUCGGCCACCGCGGGAUAUGGACAGCAACAGCACUACUCACACAUGCCUACGUUUGGCGGUCAGGGACCCGGGCAACCGUACUUUGGCAACCAGGCUGCUUGGAACCAGUACCAAAACUCUCUCGCAGCGCAGGCCCGCCAAUUUUACGGUGGCCAAGUCGCAGGCGGUGGCAGCGACCUGAGCGUCAACUCGAGAAGCGACGUGGGCGAUGACGGCCGAAGGCGAAGGACAACAUCGGGUCCCCAAAAACCUUCAUCGCAUCCCACAUACACCGAGGCGAUGCAGCACUAUCCUGCUGUGUCGUUUGCAGGCGGCCAGGGAGGCGCAAAGGCCCGAGGUGGCCUUCCCCCCGGCGCCAUGCCGCCCUCGGCAGUAUCCUCGCCGCCUCCCUCUUCUUCGUCGAGCAGCGGGGGCUAUCAUCCAUACCGACGCGGGCCACGGUCUUCCGAUGCCUCUUCGGGCGUAGUUCCCGCGCCUCCGGUUCAAUUUGGCCAAAACGCCCAGCUCACGCCUCCAGCACAACCCCAUCGGAUGCGGUCCUCGAGCACAAAUUCGCCUUCCAGCGCGCCUCUAUCCUACUCCUCAGUCGCAUCGGGCGCCACCACCUCUAGCGGGUCCAUGCGAAACCAGGCCGGGCUCUCCCAUCUCCGCGGAUCUCCCCAAUUGCGACCGACGAUACCUGCGAUGGCGUCUGACGCCUCCUUGCCAAGGAGACCAGACGCUGCCGCUCGCACCGAUAGCUCGCGCUCCGAUCGCAGUAUCAUGUCUUCCAACGGCGUCUCGCUACCCCAUCGUCGGACAGAGUCCUUCUCGUCGAGCCGAAGCUCGCUUCAAGACCGCGAUACCGGGCGAAGCACGCCUACGCCGGCCUCUGCCACCGUCUCUGCCGGAAAGAAGCCAUCGCCGCUCUCGAGUAGUGGCAGGAACGGUCAGUCGGGGACACAAGACGAUGACGAUGCGGAGGCCGUCUAUGGUGGAAGCGACGAUGAAAAUGCAAAGGGAGGACGGACGACACCGACGCCAGGCGACAAGAAAAAGGGCUUUUCCAACAAGCUUCGAAAGGCUCUGUCCUUCUCGACGCUCAAUGACAUUCAGCAGGCCGAGGCAGCAGCUGCGGCACCCGACAAGGCGCAUGGAGGGCGAGGCAAUGCCGCCGCCUUACCACGCCGCCCGGGCGAGGGAAUAUACCAGGCAAACUCAUCGGGCGACACCAAUGGCUCGACCGGCUCUACGCGAUCCACUUCGCCUCCCAGGACUCCCGACAAUGGCGCACCACCUGGAGGCUCCUCGUCGGCCGCGUCGAUCUCCUCGCGCCGAAGCGGCCGCCCUCCCAUUGCUGGAUCUGGCUCUGGAAAGCGGAGCCUAUUCAACCGCAAGUUCAACUCUUCCACCGACAACAUUUCCAUCUCUUCUACCGUGUCGAGUGCCUCGGUGAUGCUGCGCAAGGUUGGCAACAUUGGCAAAAUUGCAAGACGGCAUAGUCUGAUGGGCCUUACCAACAUGUUCAACAAGGACAAGGAGGGCAACAAGGACGGGCUGCACGACGAUGACUUUGGUGCCCUGCCUCCCGUGGGCAGUGGCCAAAAGUCUGACGAAUCGCCCGUCAAGGUUUCGAGCGGCAAAAAGGACAAGUCAAAAGCCAAGAAAGGCGCACCGGUGGCCGCUUCUGUCUCUCAUGCCACCGUGGAACUCGAGUCCUCCUCUUCGCUCAAUGCCGACACGGGCAUGACGCCUGCGGCCUCGUACGUUCGGCAGCACCAGUUGCAGAUGCGUCAACAGGCCGAAGAAGAACGUCUGGAGAGGGAGCGAGCCGCAGCGGCGGCUGCUGCUGCUGCUGCCGCCGCUGCUGCCGCUACCGCUGCCAGCGCCAACGGCGACAGCCUACGCAAAGGCAACAAAACGACGGAUGAUGUCGUCGAGAGCCGGCAAAAGAUGAUCGAAAAGGAAAAGGAGAGGCUCAAGAGCAAGCGAGGCUGGCGCAAGAAGCUCGGCGUUGGCUCUCUCGGCUCUUCCAGUGAGGCUCAGCAGGCCACUGUUCCCACUGGUCUCGAGACUGUACCCACGUCAUAUCUUGAGGGCCAGCCCGAGCAAGAGGCCGCUUCGCCCUAUGACGGCAAUUAUGCUUCCUCCAUUGGCAGCAGCACUGUUCCGCCGAAGCAGCUGGGUAGCGCAGUCCCCACCACAACCAUUCCCGGAGGCUUCAAUGACGAAAGCAUCGAUUCCGCCUUUGACGACGAGGAGCUAGAGCCACCGCACAUGCCGGGCGCAACGGGCGACUACGACUCGGGUGACGAAUUCGAAACGGACAGCCUUCGCCACUGGGGAGAAGGCAUUGAGCGCUCCCGCGAGUCGGCGGCAAGAAUCAAGACAGUCAAAGGCAUCCUCAAGAACAGCGCGUCGAGCGACAACCUUGCCGCUCCAAUCUCAUCGCCCAUGUCAGAUGGCUCUGCGGGGCAAUCUUACGAGAAACCUUUCGCUGGUCGCGUUCGGGCCAACAGCUACGACGCGCCUCAGUCGGCCGUCAGCGGCGGGACUCUUCCUCCAAUGUCCCAUCUGAGCACAACGACGGCAGCGACAGACCGCGUCGAUGGCGUCCCGCGUGCGAGCCUGUCAGAAGAGAGGAAGAGCCAGGACACGGAGCGAAAUGCCCGGCCCAAUGUUGGCACCAGUCCAACGAGCAACAUGGGCCACCACAGCAACUCUUCGAUGCCGACACUGUCUCUCAUGAUGAACCCUUCGCCAACCGGUCAGCGGUCGGUCACAUCGCCACCGACGCAGAGGAGGCGACUGGUCUUUGCCGACCAAGACAUCUACCACUCGACUUGGCCAGCUCACGUCUAUGAUCGACGAGGUGAACUCGCCACGUGCAAUCGCCUGACGCCGCUCCUAGCACAGCGCAUCAAGGAGGAGCUCAACACGUACAAGAUGGAAGAGAUGGCCGUGGCACCCUCAAGUCGGAUCCACACGCACUUUUUCGUCUGAGCCCUCACGCACAUUCAAUAGCAGCAAGAAUCGGACCUUUACUCAUAUUUCAACGCUUUCACAUCAAUCGACUCUCGAACCACGACUCUUCAGCACUCACUCUCAUGCUUUCUCAAGACAACUCCAUCCUCAUUCACUCAUUUCAAGACAUUCCCUUCAAAGACGACAAUCUCUCUGCAUUCUUUACAUGAC